ACUGUAAAACCAGAACUUAAAGCCUGGUGUAUGUGCAGCUGCAGUGGCAGUGAAGGUGGAGAACCUCCUCCUUCCCACUACCUGCUCUGGAAACUGCUCAACGGCCAAUUGGGCGCAACCCAGCCUGGUACGGCAUGCGAGAGCCCUCCUGAGCACAUCAGUUACGCCAGAUGCAACUGCUGUAAGGAAGUAAAAGAAACAUUUUCUGAAACUGGGAGGCUUUUUUUAGAGGAAGAUGGAGAACCCGCUUCUUUUAUUCCCCCAACUAAACAUUUCUGCUUCAAAGGAUAAAUCCUAUUACAAAGUCAUGAAAUCAACAAUUAAAGAAGAGCCACAUAAAGCAAGCAAGCCUGGAGCUAAGCAGAAGAGAAAUAGGCUGAGCCUUCUCCUGCAGAAAUCUGAAUUCCAUGAAGGUGACCAGCUUGGUAAACCUGGAAACUUGACAAAAGCAGCAAGCAGCGUCUCUCCUGAAGAAGCAGUGAAGUGGGGAGAAUCUUUUGACAAACUGCUUUCUGAGAAAGCUGGAUUGGAUGCCUUUACGAAGUUUCUGAAAACUGAGUUCAGUGAGGAGAACAUCGAGUUCUGGAUAGCUUGCGAGGAUUACAAGAAAAGCAAAACUGCACAUGAACUUUUGCCAAAAGCUAAGACCAUUUAUGAAACGUUCAUACAGAAAGAUGCUCCAAAAGAGGUGAAUUUGGACUUUCAAACCAAAGAAGUCACAAGUCAGAAUAUUGAAAAGCCCAUCAUCACCACCUUCGAUGCUGCACAAAACACAGUCUACAGGCUGAUGGAGCAAGACAGCUACCCACGCUUCUUAAGAUCUGAUCCUUAUUUAAAUUUGGUUAAGGGGAGAAAUCCCAGCCGUCCUACCCUUAGGAGACGGUCACGGUCUUUUACUGUCAAUGAUUUCCAGGGCGUACGCCCAGACUUUACCGUUUGGUAACAGGGAAACUCAACCCUCUCAAAUUCUAGCUACUGCAGCAACUCCUAUGUGUGUUAAAAUCCAAGUCCUUAGCAGGUGUAAAUGAGUGGAAAGCAAAGUUACAUGCACUUAGGUCAGAGUUCUGUAGCCAGCGAUUAAUCUCAUUUAUUAUAGUCAAGUGGGCAACAUAUUGACAAGACAUAACAUGUAAAGUUUUCAUACAGUAUUUUCUUUAAACUCAAAGAAGAGCUGUAAUCAUAUUUGGAGGAAAAAAAUCUGAGUUUCCUGCACAAAAAUGUACAAAAUGCCAUUUGAUAAUAUCCACCUGUAUUAUUUAGCAGAGAGGUUCAUCACAGUUAGAAUCUAUAUACCUGGCCUUUGCACAUAUUUAUGUUUCUGUAAUGUUUCCUACACUAAGCGCAGAGUAUUUGUGGUAUUUUCUCAUACUACAAAACAUUAGGUAUAAUGUAAAGUUAUGUGGAUUUUAACUACAGCUACUGCAUAAUUAAAAUUUAGCUAUUGCAUAUUUUAAGAGGAAGAUAAGAAUACCUAUUUAAUGUUUGGGACUACAUUUUGUACCGUUUUCUUAUUACAUGUGUCUUUUCCCUGUAUUUAAGUUAUGCUGUAUAGAUUAACUUUGCCAUCAAAUACUUGUAUUCUAAUUUUUUGCAACCAAAUGAGCAGCAACAAAGAAUCAAGAAUGAUAUUUUAACACAAUCUGUGUCAUUAAAUAUCAGGUCAUGUAUAUGUAUAUAUAUAAAAAUAUGUUUUUACUUUUAUUUGUAAAUAUUCAUGGUAUACCAACUUCGUUACUAAGCUUUGUUCUAGAUUUUUAUUUUGAAAAAGAAUCUGAAAAUGAACGGCUCUUGGACUCAGGUGGAAUAACCUUCAGUUCUACUGGUCAUGAACAUACUCUCUGUGGUUAUAGAAGAGGAAGGAGAAAUCUCCCCUUUUUAUUUCUUUACUAUUGAAGUCACACAUAUCCUCUUCACGGUUGGUACGUGCAGUUACCCUAGCCUUUUCUUUCGGAAUUGAUGUAGACAUACUUUGAAGCAUGGGGCAACUCUGAAAAUCUUAAAUGUUGGUUCAAUUUAGCAAGUGACUGCAGGAUUUAGUUGUAACUAUGACUUGUAUAUUCAGUUACUUUGCAUGGAAUUUAAGCGUUCUCCCUUUUCUUCCCCUUUCAGUAAGUGGUCAAAGAGGUACAGUUCCUGAGAGUGAGACUUUAUGUUCAUUACUAAUUCAGGGUAUAUAUGAACUGCUCGAUCGGAGAGUUUCCGUGUCUGCUUUACUAACUUUCAAUAAAUCUGAAGUGAUCUACCCAAA